UAUCGCAAAAAAGUAAUUAUGAACUAAACAAAAGUGGACCACCUUCAAGAGAAAAUUAUGAAUCAUCUAGAGAUAGACCUCCCUCAAUAGGAAAUUAUGAAUCAUCUAGAGAUAGACCUCCCUCAAUAGGAAAUUAUGAAUCAUCUAGAGGUGGAAGACCACCUUCAAGAGAAAAUUAUUUAUCUUCUAGAGGUGAUCUGUCCUCAAGAGGAAAUUAUGAUUCAUUUAGAGGUAGGCCCUCCUCAAGAGGAAAUUAUGACUCAUUUAGAGGCGGGCCACCCUCAAGAGAAAACCAUAACUCAUCUAGAGGGGGACCACUCUCGAGGGGAAAUUAUAACUCAUUUAGAGACGGACCACCUUCAAGAGGGAACUUCGGCAAUAAUACAAGUAAAGUCCAGUAUGGAAUGGGAAUGGAAUGACAACUACACAAAAAAUGAAGAACCAAUUGAAGAUCCCAUUGUUUCAAUUCCAACAACAAAGCAACUAUAUGAAGAAGCUCAGCCAAUUGAUCCAGUUAAAAUAUUUGACUAUCGUCAUUUACCUAGAUUAAAAGUAAUUCCAGGAUUAUCAAAGGAAACUGUGGUUCCUGUUAGAAUUUAUGAUUAUAAACAUGGAGGUAAACGCAUACUUCCAUGGCAAGAUAGAGGUUAUAGCAGAAGAAAUUCAAAUCAUACCAGAGAUUCAAUUGAACAAGAAGAUACUAUCCAAGAUAAUAUUGAUAAUGAUGAUUUAAAUAAAAAUAAAGAAACUUUAAUUAUGAAACCCACAGUCAGCUUAAAUGAUAUUUCAUCAGAUAAAAUAGAGUCAAAUAACGAUAAAAAAGAGACUGAAGAAAUUAUUAAAGAAACGCCUAUUACAAUUGAUACUAUAACAAUUGUUGAUGACGAGGAUGAGAUCGAAAAGGAACCGGAGCCUGAGAUAAUUGAGAUAGUUGAUAUGUGUGCGCCAUCUCCACCUAGAGUGUCUAAGAUUAAUGAGGUUGAAAAAUCUACUAAUCGACAGUUAUUAACCAUUGAGACAUUAUUAUGUCCACCGGGUCGACCUAAUAGGCCUUCCAAAAUAGUUAUAAUACUAAGAGGUUUACCCGGAUCAGGAAAAUCGCAUGUUGCAAGACUAAUCAAAGAGAAAGAAGUAGCGAUGGGGGGUCAAGCCCCGAGAAUAUUGUCAUUAGAUGAUUAUUUCAUGACAGAAGUAACAAAAAUGGAAAUUGAUCCUGAAACCAAUAAAAAAGUGGAAAGAAAGGUUAUGGAAUAUGAACAUGAUUCUGCAAAUGAAAAUUUGUACCGAACGUCCUUCAUAAAAGCAUUUAAAAAAAAAAUUUUGGAAAAUUAUUUUUCGUUUUAUAUUAUUGAUGCCAUUAAUAAUAAAGUGUCAUAUUAUAAAGAAAUAAUAGAGAUUUCUCGAAUUAAUGGGUUUACUGUCUAUAUUAUUGAAUUGGAAUGUGAUAUUGAUUUGUGUAUCAAACGUAAUAUUCAUAAUAGAACAGCCCAUGAUAUUAAUAGUAUAAUGAGAUCUUGGGUUAAGACACCUUCUGAUCAAAUACUGUUGGAUAUACGGUCAUUACUUCUUUCACCUUCAGAAAGCGAGAUGGAAAUGGAAGACGUCUCAGAUGUUGAAAUGGAAGUAGAUAAAGAUGAAGAAGCCACUGACGAUAGAAGUUCUGAAGAAAAUAGAAAUGUUGAGUUUGAAGAAGAGGACGUCAUGAAAUUAUUGUCAUGCAAAUGGACUGAUACUAUACCACAAGAAGAAAAGAUGAAAAGAUUGGAUGGUCUAAGCAAGAAAAAACCAGAAAGUUCAAUAAAAGAAUGGCUUCAAAUACCUGAAGAUAAUUACUCCAUUAAUGAACAAGUAGUCGUAAAUGAUGGUAAAAAAAGGGUUCGCUGGGCUGAUAUGGAAGAAAGGCGAGAACAAGAAAAAAUGCGUGCUAUAGGCUUUGUUGUUGGGCAAACUGACUGGAAUCGGAUGUUAGGCCGGGAUCAAGGUGAAAGCAAGUUAACACAAACAAAAUAUAUUUGAACAUUUGAAUAUGUUAAAAUGUGCUUGACUUUUUAAACAAAAUUUAUUUUUAUUAUUUUUAAAUGUAUAUAUUUUAAUGUUAAUAAUUGAAAAAAAAUAUGUAAAAUCUAUCUGUGUGCCUUUGUUAAACAACUUUUAUUAGGUAAACUGAAUUCAAUAUUAUGUAUAAAAAAUAUAUUACAUACUUAAUAUUAUAUACGUUUGAGUUGUAACAAUACUGUAAAAUAAAGAAAUCAAGAAACCAAACAAUGGAUUAAAUUUAAUCACCUUAGAACUUAAUACCAAAAAAGAUUAUUGUAAAAUAUUUGGGAGUCGAAAAGUUUAAAGCUUGUCGUUGGGCGAAUAAGAUAAUCUUGACUGACUUUCAAACAUCUCCGGCACAAUAACAGCAUAUUAUUCACAUGCAUCGCACUUGCGCAGGUGUAAACAAUUUGAAGAGUCAACAGCCAUGACUGUGAAGUAUGCCCAUCGGUGUCUUCGAAAUUAUGUUCCCAAUCAUAAUAAUAGUCUUAUUAUAAACCGUUAGCUUUAUUUUAUUUUAUUUUUACAGCUAAAUUUUAAUUGUAAUAGUCUGUGAAUAUGUUAUUUCUUGCUUUCUGUUAUUAUUAUCAUUUAAGUGAAAAAAAAUUAUAAUAAUUUGUAAUUUGUUUUUUUUUUAUUUAUAAAUUUACGUCAAAUUAUUGCACAUUUUAUAUAAAUCUGGUAUUUUAAUUUGUUUUAUUAAAUAUUUACACUUUCCGAGUAAAUAUAAACUAAUAAUAG